GAGGCUACAAUGUCACCAAAAUGCAAACGGAUCUACGCCUCUUGUCAACAUUUCUCUUGUGAUGUGCCUUAAUUUGAGGAAACUGGACGGUAGAAAUGUAGCAGAAACAAAAGGGAAGGUUCUAUUCACAAAACUCACAAUGAUUAUAAAAACCUGUCAGGCAAUUGGAUGUCUUAAACUGAUUGUUUCAUGUAUAUUACUGCACAAUAUUUUCACAGCUUUACUAAAAGUACAUAUAAAACAUGAAGGUAAUGCUCAGGUACUCUGUGCUUUUGGUCAAUUAAAUAAAAUGUUCAUGUACUAGUUAAAUGUAAAAUCAGUGGAUAAUAAGAAUGGCACCACAAAUUGGCCAUUUAGGAACAACUGGUUGAUUUCCAGUUGCACUGCUUGUCCUGGGUUUGAAUUACGGCCUUGGUUCUUCAUGGAGUAAGUUUGUACAUUUUCCCCAUGGAUGUGUGGGAAUAACUGAGUACUCCAUCUUCUUUCCACCAUCCAAAAACAUGAAAGCUGAUUGGUUGUUAUCAAUGUACUAUGAGGGCAUGAAAACCAGAAUCAGCAAACAAACAACAAAAAGCAAUGCAUGACUCCACCAGAAAUAUGUUUCUUUACCAAAACAGAAUUUCUGACCAAAAUAAUGCAUGAGAGUAGAAUAAGUGUUUUUCCUUUGUCAAAAACUUUUGCCGUUUUUUUUUUUUUUUUUUUUUUUUUCUUUUGGCUUUUUACAUGUCUCCAGCUCAUUUUCAUGAGGGGAAACGCUACAGUCUCACAAACAAAUUCAACAUGCAAACAAGCUUCUUUGAAUCAGCAUUCCCUUGAAAAGAUGCAAAGUGUUCCUUCCUGUCACUGGAGGCUCCUCGCCUCAGCGGAGGCCUCUUAUAAACGAGUCCUGCUUCUUUUCAUACAGGCUACAUGAGUUUUGUCAGCAGAGGUGUUUGAGCUGAGUUUUGAAUAAUGUUUCUUGCCGUCUUCCUCUCCUCAGGCUGGCUGAUGCUGCAGUUAGCUGCUGGGGAGCUAGAUUAUACGUCUCAGGCUGAGGGGAUGCAGCUCCAGGGUGACUUUUCCUUCGCAGGACUCUUUCCCCUCCAUUAUACUGACGUCCCUGCUAAUGGUCUGCCUGCUUUGGUUCCAUGUGAUCAAGGAAGACCUAACAAACACGGGUUUCACUUGAUGCAAGCCAUGAGAUUCGCUGUAGAAGAAAUCAACAACAACUCCGGCCCGCUGCCUCUGCUGCCAGGAGUAAAGCUCGGCUACCAGAUGUACGACAUCUGCUCCAACCCGGCCAGUGUCCUGGCCACGCUGGACCUGCUGGAGCAGCAGUACCAGAACUUCAGCAAAGUUCAGAGAGCAGUUGGUGUGAUUGGACCAGACAGCAGCAGCAAGACUUUCACGCCAGCCGCUCUGCUGGGGGCUUAUGUGAUUCCACAGAUCUCUUAUGAAGCAUCAAAUGAAAUGCUGAGCAACAAGGAGAUCUAUCCAUCGUUCUUCCGCACGAUUCCAAGCGACAAGAACCAGGUGGAAGCCAUGAUCCAGCUGUUGGUCCGGUUCAACUGGAUGUGGGUAGCUCUUUUAGGCAGCGACAACGACUAUGGCCUGCAGGGCAUGAAGAGCCUGUCGGAGCAAGCCCCCCACCACGGCAUCUGCAUCCCAUACCAAGGAAUCAUCCCCACGGCCUCCGACGACACGGUUCAGACCAUGAGGAACAUGGUGGACAACAUACUGAAAACCAAGGUGAACACCAUCGUGGUGUUUUCAAGCAAGACAAAGUUCCACGACUUCCUCCCAUAUGUGCUGGAGAGAAACAUUACAGAAAAGGUGUGGAUCGGGACGGAGGACUGGUCGCCGUCCACUCUCAUAUCCGGGAUUCCUGGGAUCCAGACCAUCGGCACCGUGCUCGGGAUCUCGGUCAAGGACGCCGCCAUUCCUGGGUUUGACGAGUUCCAGAAGAACAUGGUCGAGAUCUCAAUGCAGCACGUCAACGGAGACGCCAACACGACACUCGGCGGUGGCAAUGACUGUCUGCAGAGCACAGACCUGUACUCCCUCGCCAGGAACAACUUCUCCAUGGAUAAAUAUGACAUCACCUCCGCCUUCAAUGUUUACAAGGCAGUUUAUGCUCUAGCUCAGGCUCUGCAUCAAGCUCUUGACUGUGAUUCCGGAGAAUGCAGCGGGAGAAGUGUGUCUCCACCAGAGCUUCUGGCGCAGCUCAGGAAGGUUCGAUUUUCUCUCGGCAACUCUCCUGUGUAUUUUGACAUUCAUGGAGACCCACCCACCGGGUACGAUAUAGUGUCCUGGGUUUGGAGGGGGACGGACUGGUCUCUCAGAGUGGUAGGCUCCUUCACGCCGGACCCCAUCGCCCUCACAGUGGAUGCCAGUCUGAUAGAGUGGCACGGCAAAGAAGACUCAGAAUCGGUACGACAGACGAUGUUUCACUCCUUCUGCUCCCCACCUUGCCCAAAAGGUCACAAGAAGCUGCUGACAGGUCAGCAUGCCUGCUGCUUCGACUGCCAGGCCUGUCCCUCGGCCACGUUCCUCAAUAUAAGUGACCUGACGGAUUGUCAGGCCUGUCUGCCGGAGCAGUGGGCCCCCCCAUCCAGUGAGGAGUGUCUGAAUAGGACGGUGGUACAGCUGGACUGGGACCACCCUCUCUCCAUAGCUCUCCUCUUCUUCCUGACCACCUGCGUCCUCCUGACCUCCAGCACGGCCGUAAUCCUCCUGCUCAACCUGAACACGCCGGUGGGCAAGUCCGCCGGGGGCCGCACCUGCCUGCUGAUGCUGGCGGCCCUGACGGUCGCCGCCCUGAGCACUUUGUGCCACUUUGGCCGGCCGUCCCCGGCGGCCUGCGUCCUGAAGCAGACUCUGUUCACCAUCAGCUUCUCUGUGUGUCUGGCCUGCAUCACGGUGCGCUCCCUGCAGGUCGUGUGCAUAUUCAAGUUUGCGUCCAGGCUGCCGCCGGCCUACGACAGGUGGAUGAAAAAGCAGGGCCCAGAGGUCACCAUCUUUCUGGUGUCUGCCACUAUCCUGCUCAUCUCAGUGCUCCGGUUGUCCGUCGACACGCCGCAGCCUUCCCAGGACCUGCAGUUCUACCAAGACAAAAUUGUCUGGGAGUGCAGCAAAACCCUCUCCGUCGGCUCCGGCAUUGAGCUGGCGUACGUCUCUCUCCUCAGCGUCCUCUGCUUCUCUUUCAGCUACAUGGGGAAGGACCUGCCGGCCAACUACAACGAAGCCAAGUGUGUCACCUUCAGCCUGAUGGUGUACAUGAUCUCCUGGAUGAGCUUCUUCACCCUCUACCUCAUCAACAGAGAAACCUUCACCAUGGCGGCGCAGGUGUUCGCCACGCUCUUCAGCGUCCUGGCCUUCCUGGCUGGAUACUUCCUCCCCAAAAUGUACAUUAUCGUUCUGAGGCCCCAGAUGAACACCACAGCGCACUUCCAGAACUGCAUUCAGAUGUACACCAUGAACAAAAACUGAAACUUGAUCAAGUUUGUGUUAUCUAAUAACCACAAACUUUAGUGCGUUAUAUUGAGAUUUUCAUGUGGUGGACCAGCACAAAGUAAUGCAUAAUUGUAAAGUGACAGCAAGUGACACAGUUUUGAUAUUUUUUGGCAAAAGGUCAGGGAGAAAGACCAACAAAACGACCAUGACUUAUAUUUCAUCUGUUGUUACAUUUAUAGCAGAGAUUUUAUUUAGCCUUUUUUUUUUUUUUUUGUGUUUGAGUAAUAUCUUUUAAGCUUCAUCUUU